AUGAAGAGCAAGAUCAAGGGCCAGGACGUGGUGGAGGCAGUGAAGCGUUAUCACGGCUACGAUAUCUCAAUGCGACAGGCCCAGCGGGCCCUGACCAAACUACAACCGCGACAGUCGAGAGGCUCGCAUGCUCAGGUCACGGAUCACAUGCCUCCUCAGGCGUCGGUCCCUUCUUCUGCUGCUGCUGCUGCAACAGUCCGGGUCGGCAACGAAGCUUUCGAUCCGUUGGCUGACGACCGCGGGUGGCCGGAGAAUGGCCUUUCAUCCGCAUUGAUGGAAGACGAUGGCAAUGAUUCUCCCUCGGAAAACACCCCGGCGGCUAUUGUACAUGCGCAGCAGAAUAAACCGUCUCUAGCCACCCUAUCACAUACCCAACCAGGUCCUGCAGAUGCCAGAGACCUCUCGACAUUGCCGCAUCAACAAAUUACCUCUCUUACAUCGACCGGACAGGCAUAUGUGCAUCCCAUCUCACUACCUGUUUCCCAGCCGACUCCUCCUACGACCACUACUUCAAAAAUAUCCUCCCAGCCUCAGCCACCACCACCACCACCACCACAUCCUCCGCACCAUCAACAACCCGCACCGCAACCCGGACACCCCGUAGCAGCGCAGCUAGUGCUUACCAAUUUCAAAAUCGAAUUCACAUGUACAUCCUGCGGUACCUUGAACCAGAGCUUCUUCCCCAACCAGGGCAAUGUCACCGGAAACAAUUAUCUUCCGGCAGCCGCAGCACAACCAGCACACGGAUUACCAGCUCCAACGGCCAAUGGCCAGCCCCCGACGAUGGACAGGGUAGGGAGCGAAACGACAACGGCGACGAAUGCUGCGGGUCCUGCUGGAUUUGGCGAAGCAGACUAUCCCGGGAAUGCGACGUCGCAUGGCCGGGAAUUGCCUCCCUGGGGCGGUGGUCUCGACGUGUCUAUAGCUCCGGCGAACUCAUGA